AUGAGCAUCUCAACUCCAGACGCGCCCCGUCGCUCACCCAAGCGAAAGCGAUCAGAGUCAGAAGACACAGGCGUACCACCACAAUACGAUGGCGCCGAGGACAGCGCCGCCCUACAAUAUGCCUACGAUGAAGAGAUGCCGAGUGAACUCCAGUCGCCGGAAGAGCAAGAGCAAGAGGGUGCGGUAGCGAAGAAGCCUAGACUGGAAAGACCAAGAGAGCUCAAUUACGUUCCUCAUAUGACAUUGCGUGGGCACAAAAGAGGUGUGGCUGCGGUCAAAUAUUCGCCAGAUGGGAAGUGGAUCGCUAGUUGCUCCGCCGACGCGACCAUCAAAGUAUGGGAUGCGACCACCGGUGCCCUCGCUCACACCCUCGAAGGCCAUCUAGCCGGCAUCUCCACCCUCGCUUGGUCCCCCGACUCCCUCGUCCUCGCCUCCGGCAGCGACGACAAACUAAUCCGACUCUGGAACAUCUCCACUGGAAAAUGUCUCCCUUCGCCUCUAGUGGGCCAUCACAAUUACGUCUACAGUCUCGCCUUCUCGCCAAAGGGAAACAUGAUAGUCUCCGGUUCCUACGACGAAGCCGUUUUCCUCUGGGACGUCCGUACCGCGAGGGUGAUGCGGAGUCUACCCGCCCAUUCGGAUCCAGUCAGCGGGGUGGAUUUUGUGCGGGAUGGGACGUUGAUUGCUUCUUGUUCGAGCGAUGGGUUAAUUAGGAUCUGGGAUACGGGGACGGGGCAGUGCUUGAAGACGCUGGUACAUGAGGACAAUGCUCCUGUGACGAGUGUGAGGUUCUCGCCGAAUGGGAAGUUUGUGCUGGCUUGUACGUUGGAUUCGUGCGUGAGGUUGUGGGAUUAUGUUGAUGGGCGGGUGGUGAAGACGUAUCAGGGGCAUAGGAAUGAGAAGUACUCGAUUGGGACGGCAUUUGGGGUCUAUGCUGCGGAGCAGAACGAGGUGCGGAAUGGUGACGAGGACUCGGAGGAGGAUCAAUGGGCUUUUGCAGCCUGUGGGAGUGAUGACGGGAGGGUGCUGUUAUGGGACGUUAGCUCGAAAGAGGUUCUGCAGGAGAUACAGGGACACGAGGGCGCGGUGUUGGGCGUGGAUGUGAGUGGUCAGACUCAGCAGCUGGUCACUUGUGGGCUGGAUAGGACCAUCAGAGUCUGGAAGAGGCGGCCAGUCGUGUCCGCCACAACGAAUGGCAAUGGUGUUCAUGUGGAGGACGCAGCUGACGUGCCUCCACCGCCACCGCCACCACUUGACGAUGGCCCGUCUGCGACUGGCACCCCUGCAAACGGUACACCAGCAGUAGGAACACCUAUUGCAUCAGCAGAGGAGAGCUAG